UUCAGAAUGCUCCUGAUAAAUUUCUUCCUUGUUAUAUUCAUCGCUUGCACUUCUUUCGCUACCACUGAAAAGAAGAUAGGCAAAAAUAUAAGAAAAUUCAUUCCUGAUGGAAGGCUGAACCAGAUGAGUGAAGAGGAAAGAUCCAUCUUCUGGGAACUUCAGGAGGAUCUCCUAAGGAAAUAUCUGACUGAGAAGGAUUUUUGGGCUGCGUUGGAGGAAAGGUUACCCGCCCUAAAUGAAAGAAUCAAAAGCUUUGCUAAUUUCAUGCGCUCCAAAGUCAACACACUUGGGGAUGAAGCAAAGGCGUUUGCGCAAAUAGUUAUCGACGAAACCCGUAUUAUCCACGCGCUACUGAUUGCCAGAGAUUCCAGACUACCGCUUGACGUUAUUAGGGCGAAAGCUAAAGAGCACUUGUUUUACUACAAAAAUCUUUCCAAUGCUGCUAAGAAGGAAAUCAUGAAAACCUUCCCUUUUCUUACUAUGAUCCUCGCAGACGUAGCAAUGAGAGUGCAAGUAGAAAGGCCAUGGUUGAAUCACAUCAAUCAUUAUAAACCAGGAUACAAAAUGGGCUCGUACGUCCGAUCUGGUAAGGUUGGGGCACAUCAGGCAAGGUCCAAAGAUGAAUCGCAAAAUUGGCUUCUCGCCUACGCGGGUGUAAAAUACGCCCAGAUUCAAGAAUGGAUUGAAACGGAUAUUGCUUUUGACCAGUAUUCGCCAAACUACCGACGAUUUCAAUGGAAACUCAACAUCCCUGAUAACGGCCCAAGCCUCAACGCUAUCAGGAAAGUUCGAGCCCCAUUACUACGGCGAAUUUCACGGUGCAUCAUCAUGGUUGAUGCGUUGGAGUUCGGAGAUGUCUUCACCGAAGAUAUGGGCGUUUUGAACCCCGGACGUAUCAAGUUUGCGGAGUCUAUGAUACAAUUUAAAAACGAGAAAACGGGAAAGUUGAACACAGCAAACGCAUCGGACCUUGACAUUUUGAAUUGGCAACGGCUUGGUAAUCGACCUGGCAUCAAACUACGAUUCAGUGAUGGUAGAAAGAUGAGAUUUGGUGGAUUCAAAGACUCAGAUUUGGACAAAAUCAAGCAGUUUGCCCAGAAGAAUUGGAAUAAGGAUGUAGAACAGAACGAACUCGUGCUGAAAGGUUGGAAUUACGGGAAUUGUCAAGUAGAUGGUCAGUCGGUGGAGUUCACGCUUGACAACAAGCCAGUAUUCGAAGUACCACUUUCCAAUGUUGCAAAUUGUGUGGGAAAUAAAAACGAAGCUACACUAGAAUUCCAUCAGAAUGAUGAUUGCCCUACAUCCCUUAUUGAAAUGCGAUUCCAUAUGCCGGCUGAUGUAGAUGAUGAGGAAUCGGAUCCGGUUGAGGAGUUUCGAAAAGCUGUUAUGGCCUUUGCUGGAAUUGAGACUGAAACUGGUCAACCUGUUGCCUCGUUGCAACAAAUCCUUUGCACAACUCCACGUGGCCGAUACGACAUCAAAGUGUUCCCCAAUCAUCUUUCACUUCACGGAAAGACGUACGAUUACAAAAUUCCCAUCAAAACAAUUAUGCGUCUCUUCCUUGUUCCGCACAAAGAUGGCCGUCAUGUGUAUUUUGUUAUAUCACUAAAUCCACCAAUCCGGCAAGGUCAAACCAGAUAUCACUAUCUUGUGCUUGAAUUCCUCAGAGAGGAUGAGAUCGACCUUGAGCUAGGGUUGACCGAGCAGCAACUGAAUGAGCAAGUGAUGAUUAAUAUGAAAAUAACUGUGCCAGGAAAUUUUGUAGGGCACUCCGGUACUCCUGCGGUAAUGUGUGCUCACAGGCAAGCCUCUGGUUUUCUUUAUCCACUUGAGAAAGGGUUCCUCUACAUUCACAAACCACCCAUGUACAUCCGAUUCGAGGAGGUUGCUUCCGUCCACUUUGCUCGUUCUGAUGUGUCUACACGAUCUUUUGACUUCGAAAUCGAGCUCAAAUCUGGUCAAGUGUUAGUCUUCAACAGCGUAGAGAAAGAAGAAUACAAUAAGCUCUAUGACUACGUUCAAAACAAGCAUCUGCGCAUCCGCAACGCAAAGAAAAUGGAUAAGAACUACGCCGAAGAUCGCUUUGCCGGUUCGGAUGACGAAAUUGACCCAUACAAAGAGACCGUCAAAGCAGAAGGAAAAGAGCGCACCGGUGCGGGUAGCGACGACGACUCGGAUUCUGAGGACGAUGACUACGAUCUUGACGAAGACAUCAAGAAGCGUAAAGAGGACCGUGACUCAAGCGAAGGAAGCGGCUCGGAACCUGAAGAAGAGUUCGAUUCCGAGGCGGGAUCCAGUGAAAGUGGUGGUGGAGGCGGUUCAGAUGCUGAGGAAUCACCAAAGAAGAAAAAGAAGAAGGAAAAGGAGCCAAAAGAGAAGAAGGAGCGAAAGGAAAAGAGCGGAAAAGAAGGCAAGAAAGGAAAACGUGAGAAAGACCCCAAUGCGCCAAAGAGGGCUCAGUCUGCUUACUUCCAUUGGUUGAACGAAAACAGAGUGAAGAUCAAAAAGGAGGGAGAUACCGUAGCUGAUGUAGCUAAACGUGCAGGAGAAAUAUGGAAGAAUAUGGACGCAGAAGCAAAGGAGCCAUGGGAGAAGAAAGCAGCCGCUGAUCGAAACCGUUACGAGAGUGAAAUGAAAGAGUACAAAAAGGGAGGCGGGUCCAAACCAGCCUCGUCAACUGCUGAUUCAAGCAAUGCAAAGAAAUCUUCUGGACCAUCUCCACUGAAAGCAAAAUCCAAAGAGUACAUUUCUGACAGCGAUGAUUCCGAUGAUGAUGACGACAAACCUCUGCGACCGAAAGAGAAAGCGGAGAAGGAUGUGAAAAAAGAAGUGAAGGAGGAGAGUGACAAUUCUGAACACAGUGACUAAUGCGGAAGUACUGCUCUAGCACAUUUCAUUAUACACUAUUACUUGUUAUUGUUUAUGGAUACCUGUGCACGUUGUAUACAUUUUGAAUGGAAAUGGUGAAAAUAAGCGGUUAAUAAAGACCAGAUCUC